AUGGACACGACCCGCUACGCCAAGGCGACCUCGAAGCCGCGCCCGUGCCUCCCGAGCCUGCAACGCUCCCGUUCCCGCACCCGCGUCGCCGCGCCGGGCCGCGCCCGAGCCGUCUCGCUCGACGAGGUCUCGGAUCGUUCGCUGUCGCGCGACGACCUCGUGUGGGAGACUCGCAUGUGCCUGCAACCCAGUACGGCUCCAAGCAUCGACGACCUCGGCUUCGACGAGGAAGACGCCUACGACGAGGGCGAGGUCGAGGGCUCGUUCGAGAACAACCGCAAGGCACUCGAAGACGACGGAGAAGACAUCUUCCCCCAGGACGAGAGCGUCAAGGGCGUUGAGGCCCUCGUGCUCACGGAGGCGCCAGCCCUCGUCACGCCGCCGGCGACGCCGCGGAGCCUCCCGCUGCCGUUGUCUCUCAGCGGCGCCAAGUACCUAGCCACGCGGGUCCUAGGCUUCGCGGGCCGCGAGCUUGGUUCGGUCGUCUACUCGCUGUCGGCGUGCUGUUCGAUGCAGUGUAGAAAUCAACCAACGUCGCGUCGAUGGCGUGGGGCGCUUGAAAUUUGAUUUACGCACAGGCUCGAUGCAGACCAUCCGGCGGGGCGACUACCUCUACGACGAGGGCGAAGACUCGAGCGCCUUCUACGUCGUCCUGAGCGGCAGCCUCAAGGACCUCGGCAACGGCGUCAUCAAGUCCGACGGAGAAGUUUUAGGCUUCGACGACUACUCGCUCACGCGCCCGCGGCACGCGGCGGUCGUGGCUCUAGAUCGAGUCGUCGCCGUCAUCUUCAACCAGCGGACCCUGGACGCGAUCGGCCGCCGCGACGCGCACGUGUUGUCGACCAUUGUCCGAGCCGCGGCGUCGUCGGGCCACGACCAGCUCUGA